CAUUUAUCUGCACCCAUAGAAUCAGUGUAGAUGGCUUGCUGGUGUACUUUCCGUACGAGUACAUCUAUCCGGAACAGUACGCCUAUAUGCUCGAGUUGAAGCGUACGUUCGAUGCCAAAGGCCACUGCUUGCUGGAAAUGCCCUCGGGGACGGGUAAAACCACCACCCUGCUAUCGCUGAUCGUAGCGUACAUAAUGGAGUAUCCACACGUCGUCCGGAAGUUGAUCUACUGUUCGCGUACCGUGCCGGAGAUUGAGAAGGUAAUUGCUGAGCUGAAGCAUCUGAUGAACUACUACGAGAAGCAGACGGGCAUUAUGCCGAACAUUACCGGGUUGGUGCUUAGCUCGCGCAAAAACAUGUGUAUCCAUCCGGAGGUGAGCCGCGAGCGGGAGGGUAAAAUUGUGGAUGCCCGCUGCUACGGCAUGACCGCUAGUUACGUGCGUGAACGGGCGGCUCACGAUGAGACGGCACCGGCCUGCCAGUAUUAUGAAGGUUUCCAAGCAGAAGGCAAAGAAAGUUUGCUGCCACCUGGCGUGUACUCGAUCGACGAUCUGAAAGAAUUUGGCCGGGAGCGGAACUGGUGUCCGUACUUUUUGUCCCGCUUUGCCAUCAACCAGGCGCACGUGGUGGUAUACAGUUACUACUAUCUGCUCGAUCCGAAGGUAGCCGAGGUUGUGUCGAAAGAGCUGGCCCGCGAAUCGGUCGUCGUGUGUGAUGAGGCACACAACAUCGACAAUGUGUGUGUGGAUUCGAUGAGUGUGAAAAUCAAUCGCCGGUUAAUCGAACGUAGCACCACCGGCAUUCACAAUCUGGAGAAAAAAGUGUCCGAGUUGAAGGAGGAUGACAAGCGGCGUUUGAAUGAGGAAUACGUACGGUUGGUGCAGGGCUUGAAGGAUACAUCAUACGCUCGCGAAACGGACAUGGUGCUGGCAAAUCCGGUUUUGCCAAACGAAAUUCUCAAAGAGGUUGUGCCCGGCAACAUUCGCAAUGCGGAUCACUUUCUAAGGUUUUUGAAGCGCUUCAUCGAAUACAUAAAAUCUCGGCUACGCGUACAGCAUGUCGUGCAGGAAAGUCCGGCCGGAUUUUUGCGGGAUGUACAGAUGAAGGUUUGCAUCGAGCGAAAACCGUUACGUUUUUGUGCCGACCGGCUACAAUCAUUGCUGCGCACGCUUGAAAUUACCGACCUGAGCGAGUACGGACCGCUAUCGGUGAUUACGUCCUUUGCCACGCUUGUGUCGACGUACACAAAGGGAUUCACGAUCAUCAUCGAACCGUUCGACGACAAAACGCCUACCGUUUCCAAUCCGAUCAUGCACUUUAGCUGUCUCGAUUCGUCGAUCGCUAUGAAACCGAUCUUUCAACGAUUCCAGAGCGUAGUGAUCACGUCCGGUACACUGUCUCCAAUGGACAUGUAUCCGAAGAUACUUGAUUUCGAGCCCGUGGUAAUGAGCUCGUUUACGAUGACUCUCGCACGGCCCUGUUUACUGCCAAUGAUUGUAGCCCGUGGUAACGACCAGGUAGCGAUUUCUUCACGAUUUGAAACACGUGAAGAUACGGCAGUUACACGCAAUUACGGUCAGCUGCUGGUAGAAACGGCUAAAACCGUACCGGAUGGUGUGGUGUGUUUCUUUACCUCCUACCUUUAUCUGGAAUCGGUCGUCGCGUCCUGGUACGAUCAGGGCAUCAUCGAUACACUCUUGCGCUACAAGCUACUGUUCAUCGAAACGCAGGACAACGCGGAAACAUCCUACGCACUGAUGAACUACGUAAAGGCGUGCGAAUGUGGUCGUGGAGCGGUACUGCUAGCCGUUGCUCGUGGUAAAGUGUCGGAGGGAGUCGAUUUCGAUCAUCAUCUCGGUCGGGCCGUACUUAUGUUUGGCAUUCCGUACGUGUAUACGCAGUCGCGUAUUUUAAAGGCCCGUUUGGACUAUCUGCGGGAUCAGUUCCAGAUACGGGAGAAUGAUUUUCUUACCUUCGACGCGCUGAGACACGCGGCACAGUGCGUUGGUCGUGCUAUUCGUGGUAAAACCGAUUACGGUAUUAUGAUCUUUGCGGACAAGCGCUUCUCGCGGCAGGACAAACGCGGCAAGCUGCCCAAAUGGAUCCAGGAGCAUCUGACCGACAAUUUGAGCAAUCUUAGCACGGAGGAAGCAAUGCAGCUUGCCAAACGGUGGCUCAGACAGAUGGCUCAACCUUUUACACGCGAAGAUCAACUCGGCGUUUCGCUGCUAACUUUGGAGCAGCUGCAGAGCAUGGAGCGCGAAAAGCUUGAAAAGCAAGCCCAGGGCAAAUGA